AUGGAGGUGGUUAUGGCGAGCGCGGCGACAGGAGCGGUGAAACCGCUCCUCGCCAAGCUUGCCACGUUGCUGGAGAAAAAGUACAAGCUGUCUAGAGGCACGAAGAAGCAUAUCCGCUCUUUGAGAAAUGAGAUGAGCAGCAUGAAUGCUUUGCUCGUGGAGCUGUCCAUGGUGGAGAAUCUGUCCGAGCAACAGAAAGACUGGCGUGAGAAGGUGCGUGACCUGUCGUAUGAUAUGGAGGACUGCAUCGACAUCUUUACGGAUGGCCUUGCUGGUGGAUGCAAGAAGGCUGGGUUCUUGAGAAGACUCAAGGAUCUCAAGGCACGUUACAAGGUUGCCAGCCGAAUCGAAGAACUGAAGGCUCGGGCGAUGGAAAUGAGCGAUUGCCAGAAAAGAUAUGAUCUUGGUGCACGCAUUGGAUAUCCCCAUCGCCCCGUUAUUAUUGACCCUCGUCUGCAAGCACUGUAUGAAGAGGACAAUAGCCUUGUAGGCAUAAAUGGUCCAAAGACAGAGCUCAUCAAGUGGCUAAGUAUGGAGGAUAAAAAACUUAAAGUGGUGGCUGUAGUUGGAGCCGGAGGUAUGGGCAAGAGUACGCUUGUCAGUAAAGUCUAUCAUGAGAUUAAAAUCCAAUUUGAUAGCCACGUUUUUAUAUCAAUUUCUCAAAAUUCCAACAUGGGCAAGAUUUUGUCAGAUAUAAAUAGUAAAGUUGACUUAUAUGCGGAUAGAAGUCUGAAAGACCCGAAGUCACUCAUUGAUAGCAUCAGAUCAGCUCUCGGACGGAAAAGGUACCUAAUCGUGGUUGACGAUUUGUGGACAGUGGAAGAUUGGAAUGUUAUUAAAUGUAUAUUUGUGGAGAGUAAUUGUGGUAGUAGAGUCAUAACAACUACACGUAUUGAGAAUGUAGCUAAGGCAUGUUGUUCGCCUUUACAUGGAAGUGUCUACGAGAUUAAACCUCUUGAUGAUCUUGAGGCAAGAAGAUUAUUUUGUAGAAGGAUUUUUCAAUCUGAAGAUACUUGCCCUGAGCAACUGAAGAAUGUUUGUGAUGAAUUUUUAAAGAUGUGUGGAGGAUGGCCAUUAGCCAUACGUAGUCUAGCUAGCAUUUUGGCUAGUCACAAAGAAGUAAACUCAAAGGAAAUCUGGGAGGAGAUGCAAAGGGAUUUAGCUUUGCAGAUGAAAGAAAGCCCUGCUUUCGGAUGGAUGAGAUAUGUCUUUGAUCUUGGCUACAAUAAUUUAUCUCUGGGCCUUAAGAACUGCAUGCUAUAUCUCGGUAUAUUUUCUAAAGGUUCUGAAAUAUUGAAGUGUGAUUUGAUGAACAGAUGGAUAGCCGAGGGCUUAAUUACUGAAGAAUAUGGGUUUGGCUCAGAGAAGACUACUGCAGAAAGUUAUUUUAGUGAGCUCAUCAACAAGAACAUGAUCCAGAUAGCUGAUUUCGACGGCUGUGGGGAUAUUUUUUCUUGCCGGGUGCAUGAUCUAAUGUUGAAUUUAUCAUACUGA